AUGUCAAACGCUGCAUCCUGCAGGCUGAUGCGAGCUUGUUCUCUAUUGCGUAUUCUUUUGCAUUUAAAACAUUCACCAACUAGUCCCUAUAAAACUUCAGACAUGUUGGGGAACACUUUUUGUCGACGACUUGCGUACGAAAUAGACUUUUCCAAGUCAGAAAGCCUUGCGAAAUUUCAAACUAGAUUUCAUGGUUUGAACUUGUCAUUCUACCAUCUUUGUUUCCUAGGGUUUCUUUUGAUCGUAAAUUGUGUCAAGUGGGGGAUGUUUGGAAGACUUACGAGGAAUGAGGUCAAGCACUUGAAAGACCGGGUUUUUUACACUGGUUGGGAAUUUUCGUUUGGUUUUAUUCUUUUUUUCGUCAAUACCAAGAGAGACAUGGCCGACAUCAAAAACGAGCUUUUCAAGUUUUCUGGUUUAUUUUUAUGCGUUCUUCUCCUUAAAUGCUUUCAUUUCUUGAGUGCCGACCGAGUGAAUACUGUGUUUGGCAAUUUAAAUGGAAAUUUUCGGUGGGCUCAUCACCGAUUUGGAAUGGGAAUACUACUAAUUGGCUUCAUUGAUAUACUACUUAUCAGCAGAUUUUUCAAAGAGGUAGACAACUUUCGGUCGAUGCACAAAUCGUCGUUUGGCGACAACAUCUUGGCGGCAAUUUUCGGCUUUGAAAUCAUCAAUAUGUUUCCUCUCAUUGUCUUGACCGGGGUCAAAUAUACCUGUACAUUGUACCGACAAAACCAUUACUCAAAGACAUCCCGGAUGAACCAGGCAGUCCACGUUGCUGAGUUCUUGGUUAAUCUCUCACGGUUUCUCAUAGUGUGUAUUUUUUCGGUGGUGUUUCUCUAUUUUUACACUUUUCCAUUUCACAUCAUGCCAUCAAGUUACAUGAGUCUUCGAGUUCUAGUCACCAAAACCCGGCAUUUGAUCAUGUUGCACCGGAAACGAACCCGGCUUCUAAAGCUCAAGUCAGCUCCCCCAAAUGGUGACUGUUCCAUUUGCUUUGAUACCCUUGACAAUGAGUGUCGCACCACCACCUGCAAACACAGUUUCCACCUUCAAUGUCUACACGAGUGGGCCAACUAUGCUGAAACUUGUCCCGUGUGUCGUAGUGUGUUGUAG